CUUGCGAUCCCCAAAUGCCUCAUGCUUCUCGUUACUUGCAGAAAACCAACUGAAAAAACGGGCCAUAUCAAUUGCGCGGCACUGGUCUGGACUCCUAUCUUACGUGCCACGUGCUCUUAGUAUGGCCGAGACAAACUCGGAGUCACGAUUGUCACAAAUCCAGAUGCAGACACUCACCGCAUGCGACCUAUGCCAUUAUAGAAAGGUCAGAUGUGACAGAAAGGACCCCUGUGGUCGCUGCACCGAGUCCAUUGUCCAGUGCCUACGUACGAGGCUAUUGAUACGCACAAGGAAGAGACGCCAGCGUUGGAUGGAGCACCCAACUGACACCUUAACUACCCACGCUGAUCAACGACUUACCCAAAACUCAGAGCUGGAAACCUAUCUUCCCCGUGAUGAAGAACACUUGGAUUCUCCAGUGCCCACGCCUCGGACCAUGUUGAGUCCGUCGAAUUGGGCUCUGGGCCAGGGCGAGACUACAUCCAGGCUUGACCUAAUCGACAAUAUAGGAUUGAAUGUCCAUCAACCACAGUCUCAGCAAAGCCCAAACCAAUCCGCGACAGCAUCUCCCUGGGGACGUCCUACAGGGUCGACUUUGUCCCAUGAUACAUCGUCUGAUAAGGGAGAGAGGCGAGAGAGCCAGAUAGCUGCAGCGUUCGAAGCACAAGCUUAUAUGCAGAGCGAGCUGCAAGAAAACCAAAGGAUAGGCCACCAACAACGUGAGAUAUUGCAACUAGCCAUCGAAUUAUCCUCCCAAAACGCUUCAAGGAAUGAAGGGCCCGUAUCAGACGUAGACGCGCCGCCUACGGAGAGAGCAGAUUUCCUUGACCCCAGCAUGUACCCUUCCUCUGAGGCUGUGUGCUUUUUACUGAGCGGUUCUCGAACUGUAGCCGCCUCAUUUCACUCAGAACUGUCAUCCAUCAUCUCUAGGGUGACCUUUGAACGAAUGGCUUUCGCUCUUAUAGACCAGCAGGUUCAUGGCCACACACGCGUACAGUAUAUCGUGUGUGUAAAUUUCAUUGCUCUUACGUUUGCUGUUGGCCUUGAGGCAGAAGACCAAACUCGGUCUAUCCAAGAACGUCUCAAGACCCUGCAAGAUGGAUAUCGAAGGAAUGCCUUCACAGCCUUGCGCCAUGUCAGCAUUCUCGACCCUCCGAGCUUACCGCUCUUGCAGACCCUACUAUCAGGUGCAAUCCUCUACCAGAUGGCAGGUAGUGUUGAUAAAUGCGCGCAGCUUAGUACCGCCGCUUGCGUUGUGUGCACACACUUGGGCGGCCGCUAUUUCGCAAACCUAGCUGCUGGGGCUUCUCAAGCAGAAUCUCUAGAAGUUCGGCAGAGUCUUGGGCAUUGCUACAUAUUGGAUAAAUCCCUGGCCAUGACUCUGGGCCGCCGUUCAUUCUUGCCGGAGAUGGAGGUCGACGCGGCCAUGCUGAUACCACCAGCAGUAGAGAAACCGAGCGCACCUAUCUUCAACGUCUACAUUGAGUUUGCCAAGAUCCAGGACAGUAUUGCUCGCGACAUGCGAGCGCAUCAUCCAGGCACCAGCAGUAAGAGGUUGGAGGCUGUAAACUCUCUUCGUAAGAGGAUGAAGGAUAUUCGAGUCAAGAUUCGAGAGUUUCGCCUCCAGCCCCCCCAUUGCACUGAGCACCUACUCCAGGGAGAGUGGAUGGGUGUAGAUUUCACAUACUUCACCAUCAUGACGACGAUCAUCCGCCUACAUCCAGACUUUUCGACGAAUGAACACGUCAGAGAGGACUGCCUCGAGAACGCGAGGCGUUCUUUGUCCGAGCUCAAGAAUAUGGAGAAUCAUGGUUUCAAAUCUGGAAAAUACCGGAACGCCUACUGUUAUUCCGUCGCCUGGAUCGUGCUAUUGUACCCUCUAUGCCCUUUCUUUACACUGUUUUGUCAUGUUGUGGAGACAGGGAACGAGAGCGAUUUCCAACUUCUGAAAGAAGUCGCUGAUGGGCUGUCGAUGUUCGCAGAGUAUAUUGCAUCGGUUGGAAACCUCCAGAAAUUAUGCAACACACUCAUCUCUUUGUGUACAACACAUCUAGAUGCCUUGAUUGAUGUUCCGAACUCAUGUUAGGACGCUGGAGAGUCCGUAGCAGAAACCCAAAUUGAGGCUCAGCUGGCUGGGGAACGCAACACAACCCAACAGUGCGUUGAUGUCAUGUAGAGGGUUUUAUUUCGGAGGAUAAUCAUACGGUGUGUCUUUCUGCAGUCUUGUCUUUACAUUGAGGUAUGCGGCUCCCGAUUCUAAGAAUGAGAUUGGUUUUCUUGUUCUUUUAGCCUAAGGUUACACUAUCUUUGUGGCUCUGUGGUAGAAUGAAU